AAAUAUGCGCAGCGGCCAUUUUUGUACGAGACGAAAACCCACACUUGACAGCUCCAAUGUCAAAAAUAGUUUUUUGUAGAAAAUAGAUUUUUAGAGUUUAUUUUCCCAACCAGAAAAAUUGUAAAAAAAAAAUUUCCAAAAAAUUAUUAUAUUUUUCUAAAACCAAAAAUAAUGAAAUAGAUUCAACCAGAUUACAAACCGAACAAAAUCUAAUCCAGAAAUUCAGUGUGGUGACGCAGGCACAAUGAUCAAAUCCUCGCAAGAGCAAGGCUUUCGUUUGCGACCCAACGAAACCACAAUUGCCGCCGUCGACACUCUUAAAACGUCUUUUCUGCCCAACCUCAGCAUUGACGCCCACUUCUGUCCGAUGUGCGGCCAGAGCUUCCCCCGGCAGAACAUACUCACCGAGCACAUGCAUGCCUGUCAUCCAUCCGAGAUGCUCUUCGCCGCCACCAGCCUCAAUCGCAUUGAGUACCCGUGCCUCAGUUGUGAUGAAAAAUUCUCUUCCGGAACCGAGCUCGACGAGCACAAUCGCGUUGCCCAUCAGGCCUUCCGCUUUACCCGAUGCGUGUCCUGCGGUCUGUAUGGCAUUACCACUAUCGAUGGUGAUUAUAAGUGUGUGCAUUGUGGCAACACGUGCGGCGUUUCGCCGGCGACGACAAUGGCGGCAGUUGGCCAACCCAUUUACUUGGAACAGCCACCGAUGCAAAGUUAUCCACCGAUGGUGGAGGAUGAGGAGGAGGGCGAUGUCGACAUUAUGCCGAAAGUGCCUCCGUUGACGAUACGAUUGCCGAAGAUCAAAGAAGAAGCAUCGGAGGUUAAAGAAGAGGCAUCGUCGUCGGUGAUUCAGGAGAAUCCGUCGCCGUAUCAUCUUCCACCACCGCCGCCUCGUAUGGAAGAGAAUGAUGUAAAGCCACCGGUGACGGUGGUGGGGAAUGUGCCACCUCCAUUGAAUAGCAACAGUAACACUAACACAACAACCGUCAAUGCCAAUAAUAAAAUCCGGCACAAGUGUCCCGAGUGUCCGCGGACUUUUAAGACCCAAGGCACUUUGGCAAUGCAUCGGAAGAUUCAUAGUGGAGAAGCAGAUUACACGCCAAAAGAACGACCAUAUUCGUGUUCGUAUUGCGGCAAGUGUUUUACACAAUCGAACACGCUUAAACAGCACACUAGAAUACAUACAGGUGAGAAACCAUUUAGAUGUGGAUAUUGUGGCAGGGCGUUCACUGUAAAGGACUACCUGAACAAACAUAUCACAACUCACACGGGGGAGAAGCCUUUUCGAUGUGUCUACUGCAACAAGGCAUUCAGCGUCAAAGAUUACCUCACCAAACAUAUUCGCACCCAUACGGGAGAGAAGCCAUACGCCUGCCCUUACUGCGACAAGCGCUUCACCCAACGGAGUGCCCUGACCGUACACACGACCAAACUGCAUCCUAUAUAAUACCAAUUAUAUAGCCAACUUAACUCCCUUAAAAAAUCAUGUUUUACCCUUAAAUUGUGUUUUUUUAUUUUUUGAUUAAAUCAAAUGCCUACCUCCAAAGGGCUGUCCAAAAAAAAAAUUGAGGGGCGGGGGGCUGAUUCCCAACCCACACACAUAUUAAUACACGCACCCCUAGCGGGAGAUCUUUGUACAGUAAAACAGAUGAAAAAUUGUGGAUAUAGAAAUGGACUUGGAGUAGAAGAAUGACGGUGUGGUAAUAGAUCUAUCAUUAAUUGUGUUUUUGUAAGAAUUUUAAAUUAUUAACUUUUUUUUUGUUUUUUUAAUUAAAAAUAACUUGUUUUAAUUUUUUCUAUUUUCUAUUUACUAUUUUUCUAAUUUUAAUCUUUUACUAUAUAUUUUUUUUUCAUUAUUUUAAUAUUUUUUUUUUUACUAAAAGUAAAAAUAUUUUGUGAACAAAGUCAUAAUUUUAUAUAAAUUAAAAAAUAAAUUUCUAGAGAAAACAAUAUCUAGCACAAUAUUAUUAUACAUAUAACUUUUAAGUUGAAAAACAAUCAAAUUAAAAACUAAAUAAGCAAACUAAUGAGA